GGGGGAUUUGGACUUAAAAUGUCAGCCCAGAAAGGCAAGAGAAAGGAAUAUCUGACCGUGAAGGAUCUGCAGAAGGUCUUGGACUCGUGCAAACUACAUCUUAAUCAAAUAGAUGAGGUCUGGCCAAACAUAUUCAUAGGGAACGUGGCAGUAGCCCAAAACAAGGCUACCUUGCAGAAAUUAGGUAUAACUCAUGUGUUAAACGCUGCCCACUCCAAGCGAGGCAGCGUAGGGAACCAAAGCUUUUAUGGCAACGACUUUGUGUAUUGUGGCAUUCCAGCAGAUGACUCGACACACUUUGAUCUGGAUGUUUACUUCAAGCAGGCAGCUGAUUUCAUUCACAAUGCCCUGAAGACACCCAGUGGGAAAGUUCUGGUGCACUGCAUCAUGGGAAUGAGCCGCUCGUCCACACUGGUGCUGGCCUACCUCAUGAUCCACCGUCACCUCACGCUCAAACAGGCUCUGCAGAAGCUGGUCCAGAAGAGAGCCAUCUACCCCAACAGGAACUUCCUGGCUCUACUCUUGGAUCUGGACCUUCAGAUGACCAGAAAGAAAAAGACAUGUCAGAUUCUGUAAUCAACAAUGUGAAGUUUAGACCCGUCACUCCGAGGAUCGAGGACCGUACGGUCUGUCCGUGGAGACGGAAAGAGAUUUACAGCCAGUAAGCUGGAGAAGUUGGGUCAAAUUAGGGACGAUUCUGCUUAGAGACAUUAAGACCAACACACGUUAUCAACUACGUCUGCAGUUAGUAAUUAGCAUCAGACAACGAAUUUUACCAACAUGAAAUUACUCAGUUCCUUCCAUUAGUUCUUUUUUUAUAGUCUGUCCAACUAAAUAUCAGCACAUUGUGCUGCUGUAGUAGCUAGCCUGGUUAGUAGCUAACCCGAUUGGUUCCAAAACCGAGUAUUUGCAGGUGUUUCCAGUUAUCAGACCUUUGAUUGAUGGACAUGCUGUCAGUGACACACUGUGACCAAUCACUGUUGUGCUUUAUUGUCCUUUUUUAUCUAAAUAAGAUCAUUGUACAAGACCAGAAACGACUGCAGCUAUAAGGCUAAUGUUUAAAAUGCUAAUAAUGAGCAGUCAGGAGCAGUACUCUUCUACUUCUUGGUUUAGCUAUAUCUUUUUUUUUUUACAUUUGGUAACGAGAUGUCAUAGACAACUGACCAAUCAGAUGUAAGUAUUUUAGCCACACUGAUGUGUUCAUUAGCCAACAGCCAACAAAAAUGUUCAGAUACUUGAACCAAAUCCAAAAGAGCUGAGCCUGAAAAACUUGCCACUGUAGCAAUACGGCCACCAUUACAGCGCCACCCUCAGGCUAAGCCAAGGUAAUAAUAAUAAUAGGUCAUCUGGUCAGUAAUGAGCUGUGUUAUCCUCAUGGACCUGCUGAAAGGGCUUUAAACUCUCUUUCGUUUUUUUAUUGGUGUGUUUUUGGAGGUUUUAUUGUUAGAACGUCUUUAAAAAACAAGCGUAGUCGUUAGAAUUAAAUUCAAUCUUAAUGAAAUGUGAAAUGAGGAGGAAGGGAAGAAGAGUGCUGAAGAUUUUUUUUUUUGAUUAUGUCUUGAAUGUGUCUUAUACUUGUUAGUUGUUUUUUUUUUUCUCACCACCUUGGUUUGUAUCACAGCAGAAUGGACCAAAUGUCUCAUA